AUGGCAAGUAACAACGACUCAUUGGUGCUCGAUAUUGGAUCACGAUCACAAACAAACUUGUUGUCUAAUAAGCUACCAACUAUAUUAGAAGAUUCCUUUUUACUGGAACAACUGGAAAAAUUGGCGCUGAAAGUAAACUUGAGCGAUGCUGCAUUUUCUAAUACAAAGGAUACUAUUGCAACCACUAAAACGAACACACAAACUGGUUGCAAGGACAAGUACAAUGACUAUAUUUCAAAAUUAGAUGACAGUAUCAAAGGUUAUGAACAGGUCUUAAAACAGACUCAAGUUGUAAAUGAUCAAUUAUCUGUAUCCAUUAGACAAUUUAAUGACAUUUCUAAGGAUUCUGAAAAAUUCAUAGAAUUCACUAACAGCUUAUUUCAGGAUUAUACUCAAACUUCUCAAUUGACGGAAAUGAUUCCAAAAUAUUUACAAUAUUUUGAACCCUUGGAUACUAUAAUGAGAAGAUUGAAUUAUGCGUCAUCAUCAAAUAUUGUUAGAAGAGAUUCUUUCAAGAACUUAUUAUCCAAUGUGGAAGCUUCAUUGAUUUUUUUGGAAGAACAUAAAGAUUUUAAAGAAGGCGACAGUUAUAGAAUCAGAUUUAAACAAUGUUUGAUUAGAAGUUCAGAAUUAAUUGCACAUUACUUAAAUAAUAACCUGUUAAAAAAUGUCUCUACAGAAAUUACAGACAGGUUGAAAACUGUGAAUAUUAAUGAUCCAUUAUCGAUUGGUACAAGAGAUGCGUUAGUAUAUAAUAAAUUUGCGUCGAUUUCAGAAAUUUUCUAUCAACAAUUGGUUGAAAUUACUAAAAAUAUUAAAAAUACAAAAUUAAAGAGGUACCAUGAUGAACUAAGUUCUAUUUUAAAUGAUUGUCUAAAUAAUUAUUUUUCAAUACGUCAAAACUUAAUGGAACCUAUAAUUACUGCCCGCUUAGAAGAAAUUGAGAACAGUGAAAAGGAUAAUGAUAUUGUUACUUUUAUUCAAAAUAGUAGAUUAUAUUUUCAACAGGUUUGUUUGGAUGAAUACAGACUGUUCAUUAAGUUCUUUCCCAUUAAAAUAUGUAGACAAUCUUUCGAUAAUCGGAUUCUGAGAUUCUGUAGUCCAUUAUACUACAAAUGUGAUAAUAAGAUAUUAAGAGAAACAGAUAUAUCUUUAUUAUGUAAUAGUGUUACAUUAUUUAGUCAUUAUUUCGAAUUUGAAGAAAACUCUGAUGAAUACUUAAAGCAAUUCAAUGAAGUAAAAUUUGAUCAAGUGUUUGGGCCAAUUUUACAAAAGUUACAACAAAGAUUGAUUUUAAGAGUGCAACAGUAUAUUGAUAAUAAUAUUGCAAAUUAUAAACCAACUAUUGAUUCUUUUAUGAUAAGCAAUAGGAAAAACCAAUUAUCUGGAUCCAAAGAUUUUGAUUUCGAAAAUGAUUCUAUUAUAAAAAGUUUCUUGGAAAAUUCUAAUGCAGAUAACUACCUGAAUUUUCUUCAAAGUAAUAAUGUAGAAAACGUUACAUUAGAAUCUACUGAAAAUGAUAACCUAUUAGAAAGUGAAGAAACUCAAAAGCAAAAUAAAGAUGAGAAGUUGAAAUUUAUUACAAGCUAUUAUCCACCUUUGGUGAAAGCAAGUUUACUACUUUCAAAAAUAUAUUCAAUGAUGAAUUCUAUUGUUUUUGAUGAUCUAGCUCAUCAUAUUGUUCACUAUUGUAUUAUUUCUCUAAAAAAUGCAUAUACCAUAGUUCAAAAUUCUUCUAAUAUUGCUGGUUCAAAUUCGUUAGAUAUGGACUUAGCAUAUAUGAAAAAUUUAUUGUUACUAAGAACUCAAGUUGAACAUUUUAAUAUUGAAUAUAUAGUUCCAGAAACUUAUCUAGACUUUUCAGCCAUAGAGAGUUUUUUCACUUAUUUACGAAAAGGUGCUAAGAGCAGUAAUAGCGGUACGUCGGUUUUAAAAUUAGCAAGAGAACUUGUUCCUAAGGUUGUCAAUAAUAUGGUUGAUGCCCGUCAUGAGUUAAUCCAGGAAUUAAGAAACAUAAUUAAAAAUUUUACUGAAGUGGCUACUGAGGACAUUGUUGGUAACUGUUUUGAAAUAUUAGAGGCCGAAAAUUCGAAAAACUUAGUUACUAAAAAUAUAAAAGUUAGAACUAAUGUUGAAGAAAAACUCCCUCGUAUUCGUUCACAAAUUCUGAACUUUAUUAGAGAUCAAGAAAUUGUCGGUCACUUGAUUGUAGCUAUUCAAGAAGUAAUCGUGCAAUCUUAUGAGAAUUUUUAUGAGAAUGUAACAGAGAAAGUGGAAGCUAAUCUAAUAGACAAAACACAAAUUUCUGAACUUAUGUAUCCAGAUGUCUUCGCUGAUCUUACAGAAAAUGUAUGUAAUAAAUUAUUAUCAAAGUCUAUAGAUUGUGUUUAA